AUGUUUGUUACCCUGCCAGUUGGCCAGGGCAACGUCAGUAUUGGGCAAGAAGACUCUUAUCGCGACACUUCGGGGAGCAUUCCACAGCCACAACAAGUACAACGGACUGCGGAAAACCUCAUCUCAGAACGUGCGGGGCCUGGUCCAUUGUCGGCACGCGAUCGGGAGCGUAUAGCGCCAGGUGCAUACUCCCAGCGCGAGGAGGCUCUCGUAAAGCGCGAGCAGGACGGGGAUAUAGCCUUUAGAUACGUCCUCAACAACGAUGACCCGCAAAACCUCAUAUUCCUGGUCGGCCUGAAGAACAUCUUCUCUAAACAGCUGCCAAACAUGCCCAAGGAGUACAUCGUCCGGCUGGUGUUUGACCGCCGGCAUCGUUCCGUGGCGUUGCUGAAGCGCAACGGGACAGUCAUCGGUGGCAUCACCUACCGCGCCUUCCACGCGCAGGCAUUUGGCGAAAUCGCCUUUUGUGCCGUGACAUCCCAUGAGCAGGUCAAGGGCUACGGCACGCGGCUCAUGAACCAGACGAAAGAAUUCGCGAGGACGAUGGACAAGCUGACCCACUUCCUCACCUACGCCGACAAUAACGCGGUGGGCUACUUUGAGAAGCAGGGCUUCACGCGCGAGGUCACCUUGGAACGCGAGCGAUGGCAAGGGUACAUCAAGGACUACGACGGCGGCACGCUAAUGGAAUGCGUGAUGCACCCGCGUAUUUCCUACACGGCCCUACCGGACAUGAUUCACAGGCAGCGCAUCGCGCUGGACGACCGGAUUCGCGAGCUCUCCCAAUCGCAUGUGCAGCAGGGCGCCCCACGUUACCGACUAGUGCUCGAGGACCGAGGCCCACCGAAGGACCCGACGCCGGAGAACCUGCGGGCGUUUCUGUACAACCUGUUGGAGCACAUUCAGGGGUUGGAGGAGUCUUGGCCGUUCAAGGAGCAAGUGGCGGUUCAGGACGCGCCAGACUACUACGACGUGAUCAAGGACCCUAUCGCGCUCGACGUGAUGGAGGCUCGUCUCUCCUCCGGUUGCUUCUACGUCACGUUGGAGAUAUUCAACGCUGACCUGCGCCGCAUCUUUGAGAACUGCCGCUUCUACAAUGCGCCUGACACCAUUUACUACAAGCUCGCCAAUAAGUUGGAGUCCCUCGUCAACCAGUAUCUGACCACGCACUUGUUGUUUGAGGACGAGGGAGGCAACCCGCAUCCGGAAUAGAGCCCGUCAGCGUCUGCAUGCUGUCCAGUGCGCUUGAGGAAGCGGGCGUGAAGGGGCAUAGGUGCGGUUGCUGAGGGCCUGUGUAAGUGUGUGUAUAUAGGUGUAGGUGAAUGGAUGAGGUGACAAGCAUCGGACUCAACCCAUAACGUUCGGGAGUUGGACAUGUACACUGGGCCUAAAGCAAACACCCGUGCUGUGCUAACGUACCCCACGUAAGGAAAUGCUUUGCCGUACCUUGUCGGCAUCAGCUCGGCUGCUUUGUACUGCCAUGACCUAUAGCUAGAUUCUCCACGGCGGCAGUGGUGGCGUAGCGGUGGCGCUUCCAUCGUAGCUGUGCCUAAUUAGAUACCAGAUGUUGGGUGGAAUGCAAAGACCAUUCCCGUGUACAUAGAUGUUACAUAUCGAUGUUACA